UGUCUGAACUGUCAGGCUCAUGCGGUCUUCAUGAGUGCUCUGUGUCCGUCCUAACUAUGGCGACCUUGUUGUCGCCCUUGUCUCUUCUAAAACACGCGGACGCUCUCCAGAAGGCGAACAUGUUGUGUCGUCUAAUGCAGGGUUUACAGCGACAGCCGCUGCAGUCCGGUCUGUGGAGGCGGAAUUUCGGCGCGGUGUCCCGGGGACUCGGUCCACUCCUGUCCUCCAGGUCUGCACAGAGAAGCUCCUCUGCAUCAAUGUCCAGCAGCUCGGACAGCACAGAUAGACUUUGGUCUUUGUACAAUGAAGCUAAGAAGGCGACCGCAGAUAUGAUGCCUGCCUUGGCUACAAACACAACCAACCCAAACACCAUCUUUGCCAACAAUGAGAUGAGCCUUCGAGACAUCGAGAUCUAUGGCUUUGAUUAUGAUUACACUCUGGCCUUUUACUCCAGCCACCUUCACACCCUCAUCUUCAACAUUGCUCGGGAUAUCCUGAUCUCCAAGCACAGGUAUCCAGAGGAUCUGCGAAAGUAUGAAUAUAUUCCAAAUUUUGCAGUCAGAGGACUUCACUAUGAUGUUCAGAAGGCACUGCUGAUGAAGAUUGAUGCUUUUCAUUACAUACAGUUGGGAACUGUUUACAGGGGCCUUCAUCCUGUUUCUGAAGAGGAAGUGAUUGCCAUGUAUGAAGGUUGCCAUGUGCCCUUAGAGAUCAUGAGCGACUUCUAUGGCAAGAGUUCUCAUGGUCACACAAUGAAGCAGUUCAUGGACAUUUUCUCCCUGCCGGAGAUGACCCUGUUGUCCUGUGUAAACGAUUUCUUCAUGAGACACAACAUUGACUACGAGCCGGUCCAUCUGUAUAAAGAUGUGAAGGAAGCCAUUCGAGAUGUCCAUGUCAAGGGCAUUAUGUACCGCGCUGUGGAGGCUGAUAUUGAGAAAUACAUUUGUUAUGGCGAGCAGAGUCACGCUGUGCUUAAGAAGCUGUCAGAGCACGGGAAAAAGAUGUUCCUCAUUACCAACAGCCCCUUUGACUUUGUUGACAGAGGAAUGACCUACAUCGUGGGGAAAGACUGGAGGGAUCUUUUUGACGUCGUCAUCGUUCAAGCAGACAAACCUGGUUUCUUCAACGACAGGAGAAAACCUUUCAGGCGUGUGACGGACAAAGGUGCACUUCUGUGGGACCGAAUCCACCGGCUGGAAAAAGGGCAAAUCUACAAGCAGGGAAACCUUUAUGAGUUCCUCAGACUGACUGGCUGGAGGGGAUCCAAAGUGCUCUACUUUGGGGAUCACAUCUACAGCGACUUGGCAGACCUGACCCUGAAACAUGGCUGGAGGACAGGCGCCAUCAUCCCUGAGCUGAGGAAAGAGAUCAAGAUCAUGAACACCGAGCAGUACAGUCACAUGAUGACCUGGCUGCAGGCGUUGACUGGACUCAUAGAGCAGAUGCAGGUACACAGAGAUCCUGCCUCCCGAGCUGUGGUGGAGGAGUGGAUCACAGAAAGAGAUGCGAUGAGGCCGCAGACCAAAGAUAUUUUCAACCCUCAGUUCGGGAGCCUAUUCAGGACGUACCACAACCCCACCUACUUCUCCCGCCGCCUGUCGCGCUUCGCCGACAUCUACAUGGCUUCCAUUAGCUGCCUGCUCAACUACGACCUGCAACACACCUUCUUCCCCCGCCGCACGCCACUGCAGCACGAGUCUCCGUUCUGGCCCGAACACAGCCCAGGUGGUCCUAACUUCUCAGCGCAGCUCGGCAGAGAGUAGAGGCUAGUGGAGGCCAUGAAGGUCUCUCGCUGAUGACAUCACCAUUCUUGUACAUGUUAGUUUUAUCGCCAAGAUCAAAUUCAGUCACAAAAGGGAAACUUUUCAAUGCAGUUGUUUAAUGUGCUGUUUAUAGUCUGUUCACAGUGGAAUCUCGUGAACUCAGUAACAAGUGUGUUUUCACGUUCAGUGAGUAACUUUAUGCAAAACUAAGAAAACAUGUUUACACUCGCACUGACUGCAUCUUUGUGAGAUCUUUAGUUUAUCAUUUUCCAUAAGAUUAAAUGCCUAUGCAGUUGGACUUUCAACUCUACAAGCUGAUGGUAAACACCAUCAAAUGGUAGUGUCGCCUCCUGCAAGAUGGCUUCAUCAGCGCCAGCUCGCUGAUGCCGGAGGUGGGCUCUCUUUUUAAGUCACAGCCUUGAAAAUGUUUAAUGUGAAGCAUGCUGCGCUCCGUAACAGACUUUCCUGACACCAAACACUCGAAUGAGUUGUGCCUACCAGAGCCACAAUUAUACUCCCGACCCCAAAUGAGUCCUGAAAUGCUCAUCCUUUCAUUACUGUCUUUUUUUCCCCACAACCUUUAAUUCGACAUUUGACUCGCUGAGUGUGGCUCUCUCCCCUGUCCUGGUGUGUGUUUCUGUGUGAGUCUAAAACAUGCUCUGAAUCCCAGAGAUUGGUCUAUGCAGGGUUCUAAAUGGACCAGAUGGCAGGCAGCAGAUGAUAAAACGCUCAUUACGACUGUAAGCCUGGAAAGUCGCACUCGGAAAAAUGACUUGGGAUAAUCUGAAUGGGAGUGGGGACGGUAGAAAAUAGCACAGAGACAAUGGUGAUCCACAUGUCGAUGUGUUUUGGGCUUCUGCGGUGUGAAUGGUGGAUUUGUGAUCGGCUUUUUGUGAUGGUGAGAGAUGGUCCCUCUGAAUAUGGAGAUCGGCUUGAGCUUCCUCAUGUCUCAUCUGGGCUGUCUGGUCAGCACCUUGCAGCCAUAAUCAUCCUGUUAAUCCACAUUUCUUAUGCAACACAAAUUCAAGUGAAAUUGUUCAACCAUUUAUUCAGUUUGAUGACAUCACUUGGUCUUUCUCCUGUUGUUCAGCAGCUUAGUGGUCUUGGAUUCACUCGCCUGCUGCCCAACAGCUGGCUCCUUCUCUCUCUUAUUCAAGGAUGAAUCCCCCUGAAUGAAAUGAUCUGGUCGCAUUCCAAACAUUUCUGCUCUUCAGUCUUUUAUUCAUCUCAUUUAGAUGCUCACGAACUGCUGAGUCAUGUUUUCAGUGAGACAUAUAUAUGUGUGUGUGUGUGUGUGCUUUACAACUCCAGUAGAUUCUAAUAUAGAACGCUCAACUGUCCGGUGUCGUGGGCUGCUACCUCCUGUGUAGCAGGAAAAGCAUUUAGACAAUAUAUUUCUGGCCCCUGGUGGUGCGUGCUCACUGGGAAUGGCGUCCUUCUCUGCACUGCUCCAUCCACUGUUUAUGUGUGGUUACUGAAAAUACAAAUGCAGCAGUAUUUUGUAACAGAGAAUGUUAGCCUCAAAUCAAAAUAGCUAAUGUUGGGCGGGCUGGUUAUUGAACGUAAGCAACACAUCACCUGUACAGUACUUGCUGUCAACUCGCCUUUUAAUCUGCCUUAGUCGCUCACUGACCUUAGUCUGGUAACUGUAGUACAUGAUUCUCAAGCUUUGGCUGUUGUGGUGCUCGCUCUCUAGAAGAGCUCUCAGUGCUGUGUUGCUGUGUUUGGAGUAGUUAACCACUACUGGCCUCUCUAAGUGCAUGAAUUCACUGUUUCUACAGACCAUUACAAAGGUAUUGGAUCACUGCAGCAAAAUACCGAGUUCCGAAUCAUAUUAAGAAUCAGAAAAUGUAUUUCUCUGAUUCUCAUCAGGACCACUUCCCUUGUGAAUCUUUUUCUUGACCCGUGAUACGGUAUUUUUCUCUAAUGUAUGUUUUAUCUGCACUGGGAAUACUGAGAAUUGUUUUAUGUGGCUGUGGUACUGUACUAUUAUGUGGUACAUAAUAGUUAUUAUUAUUUUAAGAAUCAUGUAUUUAAAUGACUCAACUGAUUUUAUCAUUUUGCCUCAUGCUUAUAAAUGUUUUUUUCUGGAUUUCACUCUGCUUUCGCUGUUCAAAUUGCUGACAGUCAGUCACAACUUUCCAUCUCAAGUUGUCAGGAGUUUCAGUCACAUGUGUUGUGCUAACCAUCCUACAACUGAUACCAUUGAACUUUGAAUGAACUUUGAAACGUUGAACUUUUUUUUCAUGUUUGGAGUGAAGCUGAGAAUUAGAAACACUUUCAUCCUGGCCAUUAUUAAAAUAAUAACUAACAACACUGUAGCAACACCAAAUUGCAAAUUGUCAAUAUCUCCAAAUAAGUUUUAUUGAUGUAGGGGCUUGUCAAAAUUAUAUUACACUGCUAUUAUUCUUCCUAUUGUGGGGAAGUUUGGCAAAAAGGGACUAUGCUUCCAAUAAAUGCAGUCAGAGGUCGGUCCAAACCUUUGUUCUCGACUGCCUUGAUGAUCAGAAACAGCUAUAUUUGCACUUUGCAGCACUGUUUUUGUGAGUUGCUUUGUGUGCUUUGUUGACAUUUUGGCAAUAUAGAAGUGCAGUUGAACUGUACUAAUAUGUAAUAUAUUUGCGUCAGUCGUGAAUGAGAUAUUUGAAUUAGUCCUAAGUGUUUUAUUUCUGGGUUAUACUGGUAAAAAUACUGACGUCAUGAUCCUGUUUCUCCUUUCCUCCCGCCAGUCUGAGUCGCACACCAAUGUAAUCCCCUACAAUGUUGUUUUCUGUUGUUUCCAGCUGCCCCAAGCAACAAGAAUAAAUGAUUUUCUUUUGUACAUAGUUGCAAGUUAUUUCUUUGUCUG